GGCGCCCUCUACAAUCUCGGUGCUCGGUCAGACAUCAAGGUGGCUGCUGACGUGGCGGUUCACGUGGCCAGGGUGUGUUAUCGUAAUGGCGUGGGGAUGUAUCCCGAUCUUCUCAAGGCUGCCGAGCUCUACCAGAAGGCUUGCGACCAAGGUCAUGCCAUGGCCCAGUACACCCUGGGCAAGCAGUGCAUGAGCGGCCGCGGCAUUCCUCAGGACGUCCACAAGGCCAUCGAGCUUUACGGCAAGGCAGCGGAGCAGGGCUACAAGCGGGCUCAGUUCAGGCUCGGCCGCGUCUACGAGAAUGGAAUGCCAUCGGCCAACAUCCCCAAGAACCCCGCCAAGGCCGCCGAAAUGUAUCAAAUGGCCUACACGCACAAACACGGCGAGGCGUGGAAGGCAUUGCGUCGCAUGCUUAGGCGCGAGUUCGUCGAAGAGCGGAUCGAGCUCCUGGUGCCCACGCUCUACGAUCUGUGCUGCCUGUUCCUCGUCGAGCGCGAGAACGUGUUCCUGCGGCGCAACAACCGCCUGCGCGACGAGGAAGAGGGUAUCGGCAAGAAGGAGAGCGACGAGAUCAAGAAGGCCAACAAGGCGCAUACGACGCGGACGUCGGCCAGACACCACGCGCACGAC